UGUUCCUCUGUACCUUCUUGUUGAAGCCCUGAACAGGAAAUGGAGGAAGCCAUGAGGAGGCUAAAUGGGUUGACACAGACCCCUGAAUCAGACCCGAGGGAAGCCUCUUCCGAUCACCAAAAGAAGUGCAACAGCAGCGCCACCAACAACGCCGCCGCCUCCGCCGCCACCACCACCACCACUAACAAGAGGUGUUUGAGAGAUGGCGGUGGUACAGGUGCGACCAUGAGAUACCGCGGAGUUAGGCGGCGGCCAUGGGGUCGUUAUGCUGCUGAGAUAAGAGACCCUCAAUCGAAAGAAAGGCGGUGGCUGGGAACCUUUGACACGGCGGAGGAGGCAGCGUGUGCCUACGACUGCGCCGCCCGAGCCAUGCGUGGUGUGAAGGCCAGAACCAACUUUGUGUACCCUACUUCACCACCUCACCCUGCAACAGAGCAUCUCCUCCCUUCAUUUAAUUUUUCAAAACAAUCUCAGCCAUCCAUUAGGGAUCUACCAGCUCGCCACUUUUCUCCCACUAAUUGGUCAUCUUUCUCCAACCCCCAUGCGGCUGACUUCUCCGCCUCGGCACCCCACCCAAGCUCUUCUCUCAACAUGCUUCUCCUUCGUGAUUUUCUCAACUCGUCUUCCACGUCCUCGCUGUCUUCACCUCACCUCCCAUUUAAUGACCACAUUCCAUACGCGAAUGCCUCUUCUCCAUCUCUUGCUCCAUCUUCUUUCUCGGGUUGUUCUUCGGUGAACCCAUCUACCAAUGCUACUCCACGAGCCGGUGAUGCUACUCAUAAUAACACUACUGCUUUCCCCGGUUCUUGUCCGAGUCCAUCGCAUGUUGAGGACCAUCUAACUUAUGGUCUAGGAGGUUCCACUGGAGCAAGCCAGGGAGAUGAUAUGGACUUCUUCCCAUCAGAACCGUCCGACUCCGGGUUGCUGGAAGAGAUAAUCAGUAGGUUUUUCCCUAAAACAUCAACCAAAUUUUGCCACCCCACCAAAACCCUGAAUUGUAACGAAGAGUCGGUGGGUGCAGCGGCGUCGCACCUUGGCGUUAAUCAUAUACUCCAUGACGCCAGGAGGGGUCUUGAUCAAAAUGAUCGUGUUGGUUGCUGUUUCGAUUGCCAAGGAGCUCCACAUCAGUUUGAGAAUUUUAAUGGGACUAGUGGUUCGCAGGCGAUUCCAGUACCUAACCAGCUGCCUAUGAACUUCCAUGCGGCGCCGGACUCGAUGUUGGAUGAUAUAUUCCAGUAUCCAGAACUUCUGAACGUUAUUGCAGCUAGGGUGCAGAACGCUUGAAA